AUGGAAGGUUUUGGCAAACUGUGCCUGUUGGCUCUCGUCGUCUGCACAGUGGCACUUCCUAAGCCACGUAGUGUUAUCCAGUUUGGUGACAUGAUUCGAUGCCUUACCGACCGGAACAUUAUCAACUCGUGGUUGGACUACGAUGGGUAUGGAUGCUAUUGCGGGUUCGGUGGAACUGGGAUUCCGCUUGAUGGAACCGACAGGUGCUGCGUAACUCAUGACAACUGCUAUGGCACUGUGAUGAACAGCGGGUUAUGUCCCUACGAAAGCCACGUGUAUAUUAUUAACUACGACGCAACCAUAACCAAUUGCAGAGCAUCAAAUGCCGCUGUGACCUGCAAGAAGGCCGAGGACUAUCACCUACUCGACAGUCCAUGGAAUGAAUGCGCUGCAGCCAUGUGUGAAUGCGACCGAGCUGGGGCAGAGUGCUUCGCCGCAAAUUACUACGACCAGUCCCUUAAAAACUGGCCUCAGGAUAGACACUCGACGGUUAUACGUGAUUUUAGAUCUGAUUGCAUCUCCAUAGCCAGCGUGAAAAUGACAGCUUUUAAAAAGUUGUGCCUGUUUGCCACUACGGUGACCUACGCAGCAGCGGCAACAAUACAUACGACUAACCUGGUCCAGUUAGGUGACAUGAUUGGAUGCCUCACGGAUCGGUCGUUCCUCAGAUCCUUUUUGGACUACGAAGGGUACGGCUGCUGGUGCGGACUCGGCGGGACGGGCACUCCGCUAGAUGGAACUGACGAGUGUUGUAUGAUUCACGACAAUUGCUAUGGGGCAGUGACAGCUCGUGUGAGCUGUCCAUUUGACGAAUCCACGUACGUUGCUGUCUACGAAUUCUCCACAUUCGACUGCCAUACACCCAGUGCCCGGGCUAUCUGUACGAGGGCCGAGGACUAUGGGGGUUUUAGUGAGUGGAAGGACUGCCAAGAAGCCAUUUGUAAAUGCGACCGUGCUGCGGCAGAGUGUUUCGCCGCAAAUGCCUUCGACACGACCAACACAAACUGGGACAAGGACAGCUGUUAAAUUAAUCUUACCCGAACAACUCACUACGAUUUUAAAGACACCGCCGUCGAUUUCACAAAACUCUUCCUAACUUGAGACUAAUCUUAGGACUUAGGACGAGCCCCAACCCUGCA